GGGGAACGUGGAGCGGAUGAGAGAAUCGGGGAGACAGUGGUCCCUCCGGAAAGCAGAUAAGGGUGGGGACGGAAAAAAUGUCUUUGGUGGUGGAGUCGGGAUGCAGAUGGUGGAAGUGCCGGAGGAUGAUGCUUUGGAUUCGGAGGUUGGUGGGGUGGUGGGGACCAUGUUUUGGUUGUUAUUACAGACCUGUUCCCACCAGUAUUGUAUCCCAGUGUUGUAUCAUGGCAGACCUGCCCACACCAAUACUGUACCCCAGUGAUAUACAAUCACAGACCUGUUCCCACCAUUACUAUACACUAGUGUUAGAAAGUCACAGAACUAUCCCCACCAGUACUGUAGCCCAGCAUUAUACAGCGACAGACCUGUCCUCAGCUGUACUCUCUGAACAACAAAGGGAGCUCAUGAACAUCACACCUGAAAACGACAUUGUAAUGUUACAUGUAUUCACAUUGAGCAUGCCUCAGGCAGCUGCUGUAUGUGGGCCUGGACUGUGACUGUUUCGUAACCCUCUGUACUUUGUCGUAUCAAAGCAUUGUUCCUCAGUGAAAUGCAGGUGAGCAAUCAGAACACGUUAGUUGUGGAUCUCCAUCCAACAGGGUAGAGUGCAGACUGUUCGACUCGAUGUGAUGUGUUUUUGUUUCCUUGUUUUUCUCUCGAUUUAUUUCCACACUCCUUUUUGGCUGAUGAGACACAUUGUACAGUCAAGUGAUCCAUGCGAGAGCCACCAACUGGACACCGAUGAGGGAGCUAUUAUACCCUCUGAGGGGGCACGGUGUAAACCCUCUCCGGGGGCCUGGGGUUUAACGUGCCACCUGGAAGAUAGUUCCUGCGACAGUGCUGCAGUUCAUCAGUGAUGCAGCAGACCGGUGCCUGAGCCCCACGUCAGUCUGUCUCUUGAGGCAGGACUGUUGCUGACUGACCUCUCGCAGGCUGCUGGCAGAGGACUGAAAUGGGCAAGUGCAGUUGAGAAGCUGAAUGGACACCAGUUUGAAAGGUACGCGCUGAGGGUCUCCUACAUCCCUGACGAGGAGGCCAUGCAGCCCCCGGCCCCGAGGGUGCGGCGCGGGCCCGGGGGCCGCUCCAGCCGGGAUCACGGCCACUCGCCCGGACCCCCGCCCCUGCCCAAGCAGAUGGACGUGCCCCUCCGCAUCCUGGUGCCCACCCAGUUUGUGGGCGCCAUCAUCGGCAAAGAAGGACUGACCAUCAAGAACAUCACCCAGCAGACCCAGUCCAAAAUUGAUAUCCAUCGAAGAGAGAAUGCAGGAUCCGCAGAGAAAGCCAUCACCAUUCACUCCACAUCAGAGGGAUGUACAGCCGCGUGUCAAAUGAUUCUCAAAAUCAUGCACAAGGAGGCACUGGAAACCAAAUUUGCUGACGAGAUCCCGUUGAAAAUCCUCGCUCACAAUGGUUUCGUGGGACGGCUGAUUGGCAAAGAGGGACGUAACCUGAAGAAAAUGGAACAGGAAACAGAGACCAAAAUAACCAUCUCUCCGUUACAGGACUUGAUGCUGUAUAAUCCAGAGAGGACCAUCACUGUAAGGGGCAGCAUUGAAGCCUGCUCAAAAGCUGAAGUAGAAAUUAUGAAGAAACUCAGAGAGGCUUAUGAAAAUGACCUUGCUGCUAUGAAUCAACAAGCAAAUUUGAUCCCGGGGUUGAAUUUAAAUACCCUGGGGAUUUUCUCAUCCGGACUGCCAGUACUUCCAUCGACAAGUCGGCCCCGUGGAGCUGCCUCUUCCUACAGUCCGUUCGCGAGUCAACUGUGCUACCCUGGUGCCCUGUACAAUACACCUGCAGUCGGUACAAUGACCCAGCUGUAUUCUUCAUCUCCUUCCCAGCAGACGUCGGAGCAGGAGGUUGUGCACUUGUUCAUCCCAACCCAAGCCGUGGGCGCCAUCAUCGGGAAGAAAGGUCAGCAGAUCAAGCAGCUGUCCAAGUUUGCUGGAGCAUCGAUCAAGAUAGCUCCUCCUGAGGGACCCGAAGCAAAUGAGAGGAUGGUGAUUAUCAUCGGUUCGCCAGAGGCUCAGUUUAAGGCUCAAGGCCGAAUCUAUGGCAAGCUGAAGGAGGAGAACUUCUUUAGCCCGAAGGAAGAGGUCAAACUGGAGGCAAACAUCAAGGUCCCAUCCUCCACAGCCGGAAGGGUCAUUGGCAAAGGAGGCAAGACGGUGAAUGAGCUGCAAAACAUCACAAGUGCCGAGGUGAUUGUACCCCGGGAUCAGACACCAGACGACAACGACGAGGUCAUUGUGAAAAUAAUUGGGCAUUUCUUUGCCAGUCAGGUCUGGCAGUUAUUUGUAGAUGAGAAGUGGAGACUUUGGGAGGAUCUUGGCAAGGUGCUCAACGUCAUCAAUAAUGUAUUUUUGGCUACGAAGAACAUCGCAGUGUCUGCCUUCAGAGGAGACAGCUCAGCGAAAAAUUCGAGAGAUUGUACAAAAAGCAAAGCAUCAGGAGCAGAAACAGGCAGGAGGCAUUGCUUCACAGUGCAGCAAGUGAAGCAGGAUGGAGCCGGGGAUGAGAGGAGCAAUUGUAGCCCUUCUGACAUAUGAAGAUGAGACACAGACAGGAUGGGAACAAACCAAAGAAACAACAAAACAAAUGAAACAAAACAAAAACCACAAACAGAUGCGGAGAGGAUGUUUCCCAACCAGUGGUCGUGACUGUGCCGAUACAGCAAGAGGUUUUUGAAAAUGGAGAGAGCAGUGACUGGCAGCAGUCCUCCCAGACUUUCUGGACAAUCUCUUGCUUUGCCCUGGUUUGUCUUGAGUAACCUGGCUGAAUCAUAGACCAUUCAGGGAAUUGAGCAGGCACUUGGGCUGUGGUAGUGUUAAUAGGGUUUUUUUAAUAUAAUAAAAUUGAAACUAGUUCUGGUUUAACGCUG